AUGCGUUGCGUGCUUGGUCUGUUGGCCCAUGGUUUGCUGUUCAGAUUUUCAACAGCCCUUCCAGCUACAUCAUCUACGGUUACCGCUCACAGUGACCUCGCCGCAUCGAUUUCAUUACCUCCUACUAAAGAUCCGUUCUACAGUGCUCCCCCUGGUUAUGAGUUCACUGCACCGGGGACAAUCUUGCGUGUUCGGGAAGCAACUACCAAUCUGACGUCGAUCUACAAUGCCAGCUCAUCAGUCUACAAUAUCCUCUACCGCACCACCAACGCACGAUAUCAGCCAGCAUGGGCGGUGACAACUUUGUUUGUGCCUUUGACGUUCCCAAAUGGCCCUGGCGGCGAUACGCUCCUGUCGUACCAGAUUCCCUACAACACCGCGGACGUCGACCACAGCCCUAGCUAUGUGCUUGGUUCCGAGCUAGCUUCAGGUCUAAUUCUUUCGGACAUCAACUCCGCCCUCAGCCAUGGCUGGUUCGUCAACGUACCUGACUUUGAAGGCCCCUCGGCAUCAUUUGGAUCUGGAGUCUCAGAGGGCCAUGCCACGCUUGACUCGGUUCGAGCUGUGUUGUCUGCAGGAUUUGGUCUGUCCCCAAAUACACGAUGUGCUAUGUGGGGUUAUUCAGGAGGAUCAAUCGCGAGCCAAUGGGCAGCAGAAUUACAGGUACAAUAUGCACCGGAACUCAACUUUAGCGGCGUCGCUCUGGGUGGUCUGGUCCCGAAUGGAACAAGCAUACUACACACCAUUGACGGGACGCCUGCAGCAGGAUUGCUCCCAUCGUUUCUCGUGGGUGUCAUCAAACAAUAUCCCACCGCAUACCAGUACAUGGUCAGUAACCUGAAAACUUCUGGGCCGUACAACGCGACGGGGUUUUUGGCAGUUCAAAACAUGUCCUAUCUGGAGGCUGCGGUGGCGUUUAUGAAUCAGAGCGUCCUCAAUAAUUACUUCAUCGACGGCACUUCUUUGUUUCAGCAGCCCAUCAUUCAGAGGAUCUUCAACAUCGACGGGCUGAUGGGCUACCACGGGAUCCCACAGAUGCCAAUGUUUAUCUACAAGGCGACGCACGACGAAUACAGUCACGUGGGUGAUACUGACUCGCUCGUGGCAAGAUACUGCGAGGCCGGUGCGAACAUCUUGUACCAGAGGAACACGGCUGGUAAUCACUUGGACGAGGAAACAAAUGGAGAUGCAAGGGCAUUCGACUGGUUGAUUGCAGCGUUGAAUCGAUCGCUCGUGAUGCACCGAGGAUGCACGGUUCAGAACGUGACGGUUAGCAUCAGCUCGCACGGACCAUUUGCGCUUCCGCCCUGA